UUCAAGGAACAAGCCUACCUGCUGAGAAGAUACAUCGACAUUAAUAAGGAGGAUAGGUCGAAAGACAACAGCGAGCUACAGGCUCUCUACGCCGUGCAGGCCUUCGUCUGCUCUCUUGAACAUCCACCAAAUCUGAUCAACGCAUACUUCCAAGCACUGUACGAUCUGGAUUUGAUAUCAGAAGAUGCCUUCAUAGAGUGGAGAUCAAGCACAGAUCCGCAGGAGCAGACAGGCAGGGGAGUCGCUAUCACUUCACUCAGGCCUUUCUUCGAGUAC